AUGGGUGAGUCCACCGAGAACAAUACGGCCGGUUUCGCGGAUGCCCUGAAGUUCUGGCAAGGAAACCAGCUGCGCAUCCUCGUCGUCGCGAGCCUCGUCAUCCAGUGGCUCCUCUUCGUCUGCGCCCCUUUUCGCCAGCAUCGAAUCCCAGGUCUGCUGAGGCUCUUCAUCUGGCUGGCCUACCUGGGCAGCGACGCCGUGGCCAUCUACGCCCUCGCCACCCUCUUCAACUCCCACAGGUGCGACGCCGGCAGCAGCAGCAGCCGUCCCGGCGUGGAGCUGCUAUGGGCGCCAAUCAUGCUGGUUCACCUGGGCGGCCAGGACAGCAUAACGGCCUAUAACAUCGAAGACAACGAGCUGUGGAGACGGCAUGUCCUAACAGCGGUGUCUCAGGGGUUUCGGUUUGGAUUGCUUGUAAGAAGUGGAUUCGUAGCCAAGUUGAGCAAUGGUGCUUGCAAAUCUGUUUUUAGUGGAAGAUGGGAAGGUCACCUAGCUCCAAUUCUGCCGAUAUCAGGAGUGGGAGGCCACAUGAGCAAGUUAGAGCAGAACAUGCCAUUGCUCAAGCAGAGGGUCGCCUUUCUUGAUAUUGCUAGGAUUUGUGAACUCUUUGUCUUGCUUGCUGCACUUGCACUGCUACUAUUUAUUGGUGUUGUCAACAUCUCCUGCAUGAUAAUAUCAACAACAUUAGAUGAAUAUACAUAUGAAGAAGCACAGGAGGAAGAUGCUUUUUUUGGCAUGUCUUGA